GCCGGCGGGACAAACUGCCGAAGGAAGCGGCCACGCCGCAAGCAGGCGGCAGGGGAAAAACAUUUCGAAAGUAGCAGGGUGGCAACCCUGUUACACUGAGUUCCUCUGCAUCCGGAGUUGUAGUUUAACAGAGAUAACAGUGCUGGCUCCCUUCACGAAAAAGUUUCAUAGUUUAAGGGACGGACAAUGGCUUUAAGAAAGUUUAUAUGCGCGAUUAUUGCCCGAUGUUUGUUCAUCAUUGUAGCAUUUUUGGGGGUAUUUGGAGUUACAUCGGUUAAAAAAGAUCCUCGUUAUUGGUUACUGACUCUUCUUUUCCUGCCUCUCAUUUUCGAAAUGUUCUUAACCUUAAAAAUACGAAAAGGCGAAGACUACAAGUGGUUCUCGCCAGCCAUCUUGCUGUUCCUCAUCAGCAUCAUACCCUCCAUAUGGAUUUUGGAACUGUACCAUCAAGAAAAUAAAUUAAAUGAUCCACAGUGUAACAGCCUGAAUUUAAGGGAAAAUGUAAGGAGCAUUUUAAAUACAACCAGAAAGAAGGAGAUAAUCAAGGAGCUGGGCGCUCUUCUGUCUGACGUGUGUGUCGAUGACUGGAUUCUCGCGCUUCACCAAAUCCUGCUCAUCCUCCUGAUUGUGGGGAAGUGGCUGCUGCCUAAAGGAGGCAGCAUCACCCGAGACGGGCUCUCUCAGCUCCUGCUCAUUUUCGUUGGUAUAGCUGCUGAUAUACUGGAGUUUACAAGUGAGACACUGUCAGAUGUGAAGGAAAGUAGGCCUGAGUUUGUAUGCGUAAUACUUGGUGUGUGGACUUGGAGUAUGUUACAAUUUCCUUUCCAUGUGACAGUGGUGAACCCCCGUUCAGCAGACGCUACUGAAGGUAGAAGCACGUCCCGCCUUAGAAGACACUUCAGUGACAUCUGGGGUAUAACUGAAAGUCUGUUAGCCCACGAUGGUCCCUUCCUUGUCGUUAGACUGCUGCUCAUGAUCAAAUACAGAGUGUUCCACAAAAAGUUGGUGUUCUUUACUGUUAAAAACUUCCUUGUUAUUAUCCUCAGUUUUUACCGCUUAUACGUUAUUAUGUCAGAAUAGGUAGAAAUCUCAGAAAAAGACCCUGUGUAGAAAGGAUGGUGUAAUGAUAUUGUAUUUGAGGUCUUAAUACAUUACAUAUUGAGCAACAUAUUAUACAUUAAUAUGCUGCAAAUGUUAUCAACUUGAACUUUUUGGAACAUAUGCAUUUGCAUAUUUAUCAGAUACUUCCAGGGAUAGGUACUAUGCUUCACCUGACCUUAACAUGCAUGAGAAGAUGAUAGAAUAAGGACAGAAGGAUGGAAUGUAAUAUUGAUAAAUAAAAAAAGUAAAGAAAAAAAAUUCGUUUUUUUGAAGUAUGUUUUGAUUGAAUUUAUGUAAUUUAUUUUUUAUAAAUGAUUUUUUACAAAUUCUUCUGUCAAAAUCAUUGUCGAGAUAAAUAUGUGCAUGUCUUUCUUUUUUCUAAAAUGACAAUGUAUGAAACAAACAGUGUAUUUAAAUGGAAUAUUGUUUCUACAUACUACUGUAUAGUAUGCAUACUAUAAUCAUUGUUGAAUUGAAAUUUAAAUAAUGAGGUACUGAAUUUCUGUAUUCAUUUCAGUUAUUUGCCAAAAGUAUAAACAGUAAUGUAGCUAAUAAACAAACUUCUCGAGCAAUUUCAAAAGACCGUGCACAUUAUAUAAUAUAUUAUAAGAAUUAUUCAUUUUAAUCCUGGGAAUAGGUGGAAAAAACAUUUCGCUACACAAAUUUAUAGUGUUUGUAUAUGUGACAAAUAAAACUUCAAUGAUUGCUGCAAACACUGCAAUUAAUAAACAAUCCCAAAAGUAAA